AUGUCGGCACCAAAAGACGACAUCAUUGUCACCCGGGUGGACCAGGACGUCCACGGAAAACCCAUAAACGAGGCAACAGAGACCACAUCGCUGUUGAGCGCAGGCGCUCGCGACGGCGAAAGCUCCUGCGAAGAUACAUGGCCGGGUUAUGCGGAUUUCGAACACUUGCCGUGGUGGAGGACUCCCUCUGUCUUCUGGCUUCUGAUCCCGUAUGCUCUCUUCACGCUGGCCUUUGGAGGCUCUCUGGUGCCCAAGCUGAACCUAAUCGUCGAUCUGGUAUGCCAAAGGCAUUUUGCCGAUGAGACGGCGCUGGACCCGGCCUUCGUUUUCACACCCGUGAUACUCGGCGCGGAUAACCCGCAAUGCCUCAUCCCCGAGGUUAAGAAGCGUGUGUCCAUGUUCACUCUGGCCAUCAACCUGUUGACCGGCAUCCUGUCCGCAAUCACCGCUCCGAAGUUGGGCCAGCUCUCGGACCGUUAUGGCCGUCGGAAACUCCUGGCUCUGGCGUCCUGCGGCGGCGUCGUGGCCGAGCUCAUCGUCAUCAUGUGUGCCAACUUCCCCUGGACGUUCCACUACAACUGGCUGCUUCUCGGUGCCGUAGCCGACGGCCUCACUGGAUCCUUCACGGCUGGUAGCGUUCUCAUCAACUCGUACACCAGCGACUGUACCGCGCCGUCUCAGCGUGGUGUGCGCAUCGGAUAUCUUCACGCCUGCCUCUUCAGCGGCCUUGCCUUUGGCCCCCUUCUGACUGGUUACUUUGCCGCCUGGACCGGCAACUUACUCUCCGUUUUCUACGUCACCAUGGGAUGCCACAUCUACUUCAUCAUCUUUGUCGGAUUCAUCGUUCCCGAGUCCCUCAGCGUGAAGCGUCAGCUCCGCGCCCGCCAAAAGCACAAGCAAGAAAAGGAGGCCAAGGCUGGUGCCGGAACCUGGUCCGCGAUCAAGGCGGCCAACCCUCUGGCUCCCCUCAAGACGCUGUGGCCCACGGGACCCGGCACCUCCUCGAGGCUGCGUCUCAACAUCGCCGCGCUCUCGUUCACCGACAUGAUCCUCCUGGGCUCCGCUAUGAGCGCCGGCACCGUCAUCCUUCUCUACUCCGAGUCCCCUGAGACAUGGGGCUGGGGCACCCUAGAGAGCUCCCGCUACAUCUCUGCCGUUUCCAUGGUCCGCGUCGUCGCGCUGCUCGUCGUCCUGCCUCUCGUCAACUACGUCUUCCGCGUGCGGCCCGCAGCCUACCGUAGGAGGGUCUCGGGUGUUUCCAUCGUCGAGGCGAACAACGGCGCCGACAGCGUCGACUGCUGGAUUCUCCGCUUCGCCCUACUCUCAGACGUCACAGGCUCCCUUGGAUACCUGUUUGCGAGAAACGAGGCCGUGUUCGUGCUCUCUGGCAUGGUCACUGCUUUUGGCGGUCUCGGCAGUGCGACCAUCCAAGCCGCCAUCACCAAGCAUGUGCCCGCGGAUCAGGUCGGCCAGCUUCUGGGCGCCAUUGGCGUCCUGCAUGCUCUCUCAAGGGUGUUGGGCCCGAUUGCCUUCAACACGCUUUACUACUCGACCGUCGGCGUCUUUGAUCAGGCCAUCUUCGUCCUCCUUGCAUCCUUGUUUGGCCUGGCCUUAUUGGCCAGCUUUAUAGUGCGGCCCGGUGUGUUCCUUGAGGAGACUUACGAGCCUAUCCCUUCAUCGGUGCCCCAGCCGAGCUCAAAUGCCAGCUCGGAGGCGCUGGAAAACGAACGUCUUCGCUCGCUAGAGAACCCGUUCGAAGUCUGCACAAUGAUCUUUCCUCUCAUUUGCCUACUUCUCCUCCAAGCCGCCCCUCUCACCCUCGGUGCUCCGCGACGGGCCCUUUCACCUCCCCGGCGGCGAGAAACCAUUCUGGAUGUGGACUUCAACGGGGACGGGGAAGACAUGGUCAGAGAAAUUCUCAAUCGGCCCUAUAACACGAGACACAACGAUGGCAGCGAUAGUAACAAGCCUUUUUACGGCGUCCGCUUCUCCGAGAGCGAUGAGGGCAGAGCGCGCGUGGCGCGGGGUGAUCCGAUCAACAUGGAGGCAUUACGGACGGUUAUCGAUGAACAUGAUCUAGAGUGGACGUUAAUCGAGGAGGUUGAGGUUGACGACGACCUUUCCGAGGACGGGGAGGAUGAAGUUGUCAGGAGAGUCCACGAGCAAGGCACCUUGGAUAAAGAUGCGUACUCUGAUCCCGAGAGGAGAGAUGUCGAGGACGGUCUGUGGAACCGGGUCCUCAGAGACAGAGGGAACAGUGAAGAUCCCUUUGAGAAGCCAAAGUUCCGCGAGGGACAGGGGGGUUUCGUCCACGAGCAAACACCACCACCACCAACGGAACUCAUCGCCAGCGCCCAGCAGACCUCCUCAACACGCUCAAUCGCAGCAACGCAAGUCCGCUAG